AUGACAUUUGACGUCGAUAAUAUAUUAAACCAAUUGACAACAGAAGAGAAGGUUUCGCUCAUCGCUGCUGUUGACAAUUGGCACACCAAAGCAAUAGAAAGAUUGGGAGUACCUUCAAUUCGAGUUAGUGAUGGCCCUAAUGGAAUCAGAGGAACAAGAUUUUUCAAUGGAGUGCCAUCUGCUUGCUUCCCAAAUGGAACCAGUUUAGCUGCAACAUUCGACUCCAACUUGCUCGAAAAAGCUGGAAAAUUGAUGUCGACAGAGGCCGAGCACAAAAAUGCUCAGGUCAUCUUGGGACCAACCACGAACAUUCAAAGGGGUCCGCUCGGAGGUCGUGGAUUUGAAAGUUUCAGCGAGGAUCCAUUCUUAAGUGGAAUAUGUACGGCAUCCAUUGUGAAUGGUAUUCAGGAUAGUGGAAAAAUCGGUGCCACUGUUAAACAUUUUGUUUGCAAUGAUUUAGAGGAUCAAAGAUUUAGCAGUAACAGUGUUUUAACUCAGAGAGCAUUGAGAGAAAUAUACUUGGAGCCAUUCCGUUUGGCAGUUAAAUUGGCCGAUCCUAGGUGCUUCAUGACUAGUUACAAUAAGGUUAAUGGCAUGCACUGCUCUCAAAACUAUCAUUUGAUCGAGGAAAUCUUGAGGGGUGAAUGGGACUGGGAUGGUAUGAUUAUGAGCGAUUGGUUUGGAACAUAUUCCACGGUUGCGGCUCUUAAGCAUGGUAUUGAUAUUGAAUUCCCGGGUCCAACAAAAUUCAGAAGAUGGGAGGUUGUCAAGCACUUGCUCCAAUCAAAAGAGGCCGACCUUAAGGUAGAGGAUAUUGACAACAGGUGCAGGAAUGUGUUAAAUUUAAUCAAAUUUGUGGUUGACUCUAGGGAUGGCAAACCUUUGCCAACAACCGAGGAUACUUUGAAUGAUACACCAGAAACUAGUGCGAAACUCAGAAGUUUGUCAGCGCAGGGUAUCGUUUUAUUGAAGAACGAUAAAGGUGUUUUACCAUUAUCUAAGGAUAAGUCUACCGUAGUUAUUGGACCUAAUGGAAAGGCCCUUAAUACGAUUUCGGGCGGCGGUUCUGCUUCCAUGCGUCCAUAUCAUGUUGUUACCCCUUAUGACGGUAUCAAGAAUAAGGUUGGAAAUGUGGACUAUACAGUGGGCUGUGUCUGUGAUAAGGCUUUAAAAAACUUGUUUGAGUUUAUGACGAACGACUUGGACAAGUCGAAGAAGGGUGUCAGGGCCCUCUUUUACACGAAGGCUGCAGAUGAUAGAGCCGCAUCUGAAAAGCCAAUCGAUGAGAUGGUUAUUGACAACUCCUAUGUGACAUUGUUUGAUUACUCAAAUCCAGCAGUUGAUCCUCUAAAGAAGUUGUUCUACGUUGAUUUUGAGGGUUACUACACUCCAGAGGAAACUGCAGACUAUAGAUUCGGUUGUCAAGUUUUCGGAACCGCCGUUGUUUAUCUUAAUGGCAAGCUCUUAAUCGACAACAAGACCACGCAGACCAAGGGAACCUUCUGUUUCAGCAGUGGCACAGUUGAGGAAACAGCCGUUGCCCACUUAGAGGCGGGUCACAGCUAUAAGAUUAAGGUGGAAUUUGGCUCCGGUGUGACUUCAAAGAUCUCUACCGAUUUUGGUGCAGGCGGUCUUCAGGUUGGCAUUACCAAAGUCAUCGACCCUGAAAUUGAAGUUCACCAUGCUGCCGAAUUGGCAAAGGCCCACGACAACGUUAUCCUUUGCAUUGGAUUGAAUGGUGAGUGGGAAAGCGAGGGAUAUGAUCGUGAUGACAUGACACUUCCAGGUAAGACGAAUGAUUUGGUUUCUGCAGUGCUCAAGGCUAAUCCUAACACCGUCAUUGUCAAUCAAUCCGGCACACCGGUCGAGAUGCCAUGGCUUAGCGAAAGUCACACCUUAUUACAGGCAUGGUAUGGUGGCAAUGAAAUGGGUGAUGCUAUUGCGGAUGUUUUGUUUGGUGAUGCCAUUCCAAGCGGAAAAUUGCCAUUGAGUUGGCCUUUCAAGAAUCAGGACAACCCAGCAUACUUGAACUUCAGUACCCAGAUGGGCCGUGUGUUGUAUGGAGAAGAUAUAUUUGUCGGAUACAGAUUUUAUGAAAAAUUGCAGCGUCGUGUUGCUUUCCCAUUCGGCUAUGGUCUAUCUUAUACCACAUUUAAAUUCGACAAUUUGAGUGUCUCCGGCGACAACAAUGAUGUCACUGUUUCAUUCACAGUCAAGAACACAGGUGACAAAUACACUGCAAAGGAGGUUGCUCAGUUGUACAUUUCAGCAGUUAACUCCUCUGUCAUUAGACCUGUAAAAGAAUUAAAGGCAUUCUCCAAGCCAGAGUUGAGGCCUGGCGAGUCAAAGACUGUUACUUUCAAAUUGAGCUUGCAAGAUGCAUGUUCCUAUUUCGAUGAAUACAGAAACAAGUGGUGCUUGGAAGCAGGAAAAUACGAGGCUCAGGUUGGUAGUAGCAGUGACGAUAUUCACUUAAUUGGAGAGUUUGAAGUUCCAAAGACGGUCUACUUUGUUAGAUCUGCAUGA